AUGCAAGCCUUCCCCCUGCCCGUUGAUGGUUCUCUCGUCUAUGGCCACAACGGCGUCUCUGGCGAUCGACAGUCAAUAUCAAAUGACACCGCAGGCAGUGAAGAGAGGGUGUUAUCUGGAACCUCUUCGCCGAUCGAAGUAAUGGCAGAAAAUAUGGUAUCGCAGCUCAAGAAGGCAUUGCAUGCUACACCUGACCCAACGCUUACUAAUGGCGCUUGGACUCAGCUCAUGAAAUCGGAUGCCCACGUUUUGAAGCGCUACAAAGAAAUGCUGGUCAAGGUAGAAAGCCCUGAAGCGCUUCACGAUGUCGAAAAGAAGCUUCGUUUGCUGGAGAAUGGAGGGGCAACAGGACUAGAAAAUGUGCUUGAUGCGGUCCGAACCGCCGAAAAGGAGCUUGCGGACCAGGAUGUCAGUCUCGCGAAAACGAAGCUACUGCAGCAGCCACAACCCUGUCCAUUUGAGAAGUACGUCGUGAUGUUGAAAGAUGCACAGAUACUUGGAUCACAACAUUCGGUAAACUGGUACGCCGUGGAAAAACUUGUCGAAUUAUAUAACACGAUCGCGAAACCGCCAGCUGAUAAAACGCUGUUGGAUUUGUUUCUGAUCGGCUUCAACAACGUUCCCAACGGCUCACGGCUUUUGUCGAUCUCGAAGAAGAGUCGUAUAAGCGGGCCGAAGGCAGAACAUUUGCAGAAUAAGAUAUUUGAGAGCUGGAUCAAGGGAGAGACAUCCGCCGAAUCUGUAUUCAACUUGUUGAAGAUCUCUAGAUUAAGUUCGUCAGACGCCGUGUACGAGAAGCUGGAUGCCUUUGAGCGGUACUUUGCACUGUUCAACGCGCGUUUCCCUGACCGAAAGACCAACUGGAGCACGCUUUUCAACGAACACAAGGUUAGUCCCACGGUAGCAAAUACCCUGAUAGCGAGAGGGGAAAAGCUCAACCUUGUCGAUUAG